GUCCUCCCGGAAGUGGCCCGGGUCUCUCUGUCGGGGUCCCUUCCACCCCGCUGCUGCUGAGGGCCUGGGGGAGCGGCGGGGAUGGCGGAGGCGGCGCUGCUGCUGCCCGAGGCGGGGGCGGAACGGGACGUUCGGGAGAAGCUGGCUCUCUGGGAUCGGAGGCCGGACACCACGGUGCCGCUGACCGAUAGGCAGACGGACUCGGUGCUGGAGCUGAAGGCGGCGGCGGAGAACUUGCCCGUGCCGGCCGAGCUCCCAAUUGAGGACUUGUGCAGUUUAACAUCCCAGUCACUGCCCAUUGAACUGACUUCAGUGGUGCCUGAAUCUACAGAAGACAUUCUCUUGAAGGGUUUUACCUCCUUAGGAAUGGAAGAAGAAAGAAUCGAAACUGCACAGCAGUUUUUCUCAUGGUUUGCAAAGCUGCAAACUCAGAUGGAUCAGGAUGAAGGGACUAAAUAUAGACAGAUGAGGGAUUACUUGUCUGGGUUUCAGGAGCAGUGUGAUGCUAUAUUGAAUGAUGUAAACAGUGCUCUUCAGCAUCUGGAGUCAUUGCAGAAACAGUAUCUUUUUGUGUCCAAUAAGACAGGAACCCUACAUGAAGCCUGUGAGCAGCUCCUAAAAGAACAGUCAGAACUUGUCGAUCUGGCUGAAAACAUUCAACAAAAGCUUUCCUAUUUUAACGAGUUGGAAACCAUUAACACAAAAUUGAAUUCCCCUACCUUGUCUGUGAAUAGUGAAGGAUUUAUACCUAUGCUGGCCAAGUUAGAUGAUUGUAUAACAUAUAUCUCAUCUCAUCCUAAUUUUAAAGAUUAUCCUGUAUAUUUACUGAAGUUUAAACAAUGUCUUUCUAAAGCUUUGCACCUCAUGAAGACAUAUACUGUGAGCACACUACAGACUCUCACAAAUCAGUUACUAAAAAGGGAUCCUUCAUCUGCACCUAAUGCAGACAAUGCCUUCACACUAUUUUAUGUGAAAUUUCGAGCUGCUGCCCCCAAAGUCAGAACUCUUAUUGAACAAAUAGAACAACGAUCUGAAAAAAUACCUGAAUACCAACAACUGCUAAAUGAUAUCCAUCAGUGUUAUCUUGACCAGCGGGAGCUCCUUUUGGGCCCUAGUAUUUCUUGUACUGUCACAGAGUUAACCAGCCAGAAUAAUAGAGAUCAUUGUGCCUUGAUUCGCAGUGGCUGUGCCUUUAUGGUCCAUGUAUGCCAGGAUGAGCACCAACUUUACAAUGAAUUUUUCACAAAACCGACAUCAAAAUUAGAUGAGCUUUUGGAGAAACUGUGUGUGUCAUUGUAUGAUGUCUUCAGGCCAUUGAUCAUUCAUGUUAUUCACUUAGAGACUUUAUCGGAACUUUGUGGGAUUCUUAAAAAUGAGGUGCUUGAAGAUCAUGUACAGAACAAUGCUGAACAACUGGGGGCAUUUGCAGCUGGAGUCAAGCAGAUGUUGGAAGAUGUACAAGAGCGGCUUGUCUACCGAACCCAUAUCUACAUUCAGACAGACAUCACAGGCUACAAACCAGCACCUGGAGAUCUGGCGUAUCCUGACAAGUUAGUCAUGAUGGAGCAAAUUGCACAAAGUUUAAAAGAUGAACAGAAGAAGGUACCUUCUGGAGCUUCGUUUUCAGAUGUUCGGUUAGAAGAAGCAGAGUCUAACAGUCUAACAAAAUCUGGUUCAACAGAAUUCCUCAGUCCUAGACCACAGACCACAAUUUCUCCAGCGGAUCUUCAUGGAAUGUGGUAUCCUACAGUUCGAAGAACUCUUGUCUGUCUCUCCAAGUUAUACAGAUGCAUAGAUAGGGCAGUGUUCCAAGGAUUAUCACAGGAAGCAUUGUCUGCCUGCAUUCAGUCCUUACUUGGAGCAUCAGAGUCUAUCAGCAAAAACAAGACUCAGAUUGAUGGACAACUUUUCUUAAUUAAGCACCUUUUGAUUCUUCGUGAACAAAUUGCUCCAUUUCACACUGAAUUCACCAUUAAGGAAAUUUCCCUGGACCUCAAGAAAACUAGAGAUGCAGCAUUUAAAAUCCUGAACCCUAUGACUGUUCCAAGAUUUUUUAGGCUGAAUAGCAACAAUGCCUUGAUAGAGUUCUUGUUGGAGGGUACUCCUGAGAUAAGAGAACAUUAUCUUGACUCUAAAAAAGAUGUAGACCGUCAUCUGAAGUCGGCCUGUGAGAAGUUUAUUCAGGAGCAGACCAAGCUGUUUGUAGAGCAGCUGGAGGAGUUCAUGACAAAGGUUUCAGCACUAAAAACAAUGGCCAGUCAGGGAGGCCCCAAAUAUACUCUCUCACAGCAGCCUUGGGCACAACCAGCAAAGGUCAGUGACCUUGUGGCAUCUGCCUAUAAGACAAUAAAAGCAAAGCUGCCUCUGACGUUGAGAAGUAUGUCCUUGUACCUAUCCAAUAAAGAUACUGAGUUCAUCUUGUUUAAACCUGUUAGGAAUAAUAUUCAGCAAGUCUUCCAGAAGUUCCAUGCUCUGUUAAAGGAAGAGUUCAGCCCUGAAGACAUCCAGAUCAUUGCUUGUCCUUCUAUGGAACAGCUGAACCUCCUGCUGUCGGUUUCUAAAUAAGCAGGCUGGCCAGGCUGUGCAUGUAAAUGGUCUGUCUGAGGAAUGGGCUGAGAAGUCUUGCAGCCUGCAGAACACCAAGGAAUCAGAUGUGAGAAUGUCCCCAAGAACCACGCAAGUGUGCUGCUUAGUGCUCACCGAAGAAUGAAAUAUAAGCAGUGUUAAAAGAUUGGUGUUUCCCUUUUCAAAAUGCCAAAGAUUAAUCUGUGAGCAGUGAUAACUGCCUCAUUUAAAUGGUCACAAGACAUGUAAGUUUUUAAGAGGUAUGGCUAUGGCAGGCACGCAGUGAAAUGGUUCUUCCAAAAGUUGCACAAUGAAAAUAGGUUACAGUAAGUAGUGCAAAGAACUCUGCGGAAAUACAGCUAAUUAGAAAGCUUCUAAGAGUAAGGUUUGCUAAAGCGUGAAACACUGCAGCACUUUUAACCACUGAGCAUUCCACGGUGACUAUUUUUUUUACUUCCAGAAAUGUUAUUUCUUCACUCUAUUUAAUGUAAUGUUUCGCCUAUCGUUUUGAAGUUGAGUUUGGAGUAGAUUGGUUGCUUCCGAGAACACAUUCUGCUUUCCUGGGAAAUCAGGGUGUUAUCUUUCUCUGUGUUUGAUGUGAGGUAGUUUAAAGAUGCAAGGACCUCGUGUAAGGCCCCAGUAUCUGUACUCCUUGAAUUACUUAGGUGCUGAACAUUCAAAAGUGGGGAGCUGCAGCCUCCUCUUGAUAGAUACGUGGGGUAUCUUUAAUGAGCAUCUUCAUGUACAAAAGUCAGUGUUUGUGAGUGGGAAGUUCCAAUUAAAGUGUCUUAAGUCCAGCACAUAACAGGGAGAAGGAAAGCUGAUCAAUAGUGUAUCUCAUGAACGAAGGUUAGGGUUACCAGCCUGCUGUACUCUGCUUUCGAUUUUAGCGGUUCUUUGAAAAGUGAACACUUUCAUGUCCUAUCUGUUCAUUCAGCUGGCUGUGCUGUGAACCAGCCUUGCAGAUCUUCAACCCGCUGCAGCAGAAUACAUUAUACCAACAAACAUGGGGAUGACAAACAGUGCCCACACCUUGAAACUACCACGCCAUAUCAGGGGUCAUAAAAUAAAUUCUGCACAUCUAUGAAUUUUCCUCCAAAUUCCUAUUUCCUGAUUGGAUUGGCCUCCGAUGUUGUAGUAAACAUAGCCUGCUUCUUGGUUUAAAAGGACUUCUGAAUUAUUCAAACACUAGUCUAGAGGUGGGAUGCUGCCGAGGGAUCUGGAGAGGGGCCAGCGGACCUUGUGGUGUGGUCGGUGCUGGUAACUCGUGUUACGCGACUGUAACAGCCUUUCUUCAUACCCUAAAAACAGGCUCUCCCACAGUGCCCAGAUGGGUGAUGUGUCUUGAUGUCUGUCAUUUGUAACUGGUCACUUGUUUUUUAUUCAGCUUAAACUGGUGAUGGACACUGCUUGAUAGAGCAUAUUACUCUGUAUUUUGGGAAUGUAGGAGAUAAGAGGGUCCAUAUUCAUUCUUUGCUGUGAAAUGAGUGAAUUAGGAAGACUGUAUUUUCCACUUACUGUUUUAAAUACAUGUUUAAUGAAAUAAACUGUAAGAUACACAGUUUUGUAUAUUAUAUGUACAUUUGAUUUUUAAUAGCCUUUCCAAAGAAAUGAGGGCAUGAUUAUUGUACAAUAAAUACUGUGACUGAUUUAAUUUGCUGUACAGAGCAGAGUGCAUUCUUAACGAUGAAAAUAUUUAACGGCACUUGUUCUUCUGUUUUGAUCUUUUAUUUCUGAAACACUCAAAACACCUUACAAAGUGCUGAGUAGGGGAUAGUGAUCCACCUUGUCUGCUAACUGAAUAUUUGUUUAAAUCUGUACAGUUUCAAGUGUUUACUUAUAUAAGAGUGUACAUACUUUCAAAUAAUUAAUUUAAAAUGCUUUAUAUUA